UCAAAAAACGUCCGUUUCCAUAGAGCCCAAACUUGACUUGGAACAAUUUUUUUUAGAGAGAGAGAGAUGCUGAAACUCUGGAUAUCCUUCAAGACCUACCGCUUUAUCUGAAAAAGAAAAUAUUUUCUUUUUUGUAUUCAAAGAAAGUCGUCUUCUUCUUCUUCUUCACUAGCUAAAAGCUUAAAUUAACUUUGUCCGUUUGCUUCUUUAGCAUUCAAUUCUUCAUUUCCUUAUCCUCUCUUCACAAAAAUUAGUAUUCUCACCGACUGGUGCUAGCUGUCUUAGAUUUUAUCUCUAUAUAUAUGUAGUGAGUAAAACGACGUACCUAUAUUAGAACAGCAAGACAACUCUCUAUAAAGAACUCGGGAGGUCGCAAUUUUAUAAAUAGCUGUGUAGGAGAAAGCUAUCAGUUUUAAUAAUUAUAAAAAAUGGGGCUUGAAAGUGAUAAUCAGAUUUCUUUUGGCAGUGAUCAUCAGCAACAUUUAUUAUUCCAUAAUUCUCAGCAUCAGAUUUCUUUUGGAAUGUUACAGCAGUCAUCUUCUACAUCAUCUGUCAUUCCAGGAAACUUUAUAAGCAAAGACAUUAAUACUGGUGGAGCUAAUUAUGAUUUAGGUGAACUAGAUCAAGCCUUUUUCCUUUACCUUGAUGGUCAAGAUCCUUCUUCAAACCAUCUAAGAGAAAAUAAUUCUGAGAUGAGACCACCGACUCUGAACAUUUUCCCAUCACAGCCCAUGCAUGUUGAGCCAUCAUCAACUAAGGCAAAUACUGGAUUGGUUUCUAGUGGUUCCCAGAAAUCAUCUCAGCCGUCUAUAAUGGAGUUAACGAAUUCUAAAAAUGAUGUUCUUUCUGCAGCUUCUGGACCUGAACCAAAAGUUGCUAAGCGAGAAUGGAACAGGAAGGGUCUAAAUUCAGGUUCAGAGAAAGAUGCACCUAAAAUACCAGAUCAUAAGACAUUGAGGAGACUUGCUCAGAAUAGGGAAGCAGCUAGGAAAAGCAGACUUAGGAAAAAGGCUUAUAUUCAGCAGCUAGAGUCAAGUAGAGUAAGGCUUGCCCAGUUAGAACAAGAACUACAAAGGGCCAGAUCUCAAGGAUUCCAUUUUGGGGGUAAUGCUCUUUUAGGAGGAGACCAAGCCCUACCUGUUAAUAGGGGCAGCAUGAGCUCAGAUGCUGCGGUUUUUGAUAUGGAGUACGCAAGGUGGGUGGAGGAACAUCAUCGUCUCAUUUGCGAGCUUAGAAGUGCAGUUGUGGAGGAACAUUUGCCGGAGAACGAACUUCGGAUGUAUGUCGACAAUUGUUUGACACAUUACGACCAGAUUAUGAACCUCAAGAGCAUGCUUGCAAAAUCCGACGUCUUUCAUCUUGUUUCCGGCAUGUGGAAAACUCCGGCCGAGCGCUGUUCUAUUUGGAUGGGAGAUUUCCGGCCAUCCGAGCUCAUCAAAAUUAUCCUGAGUCAGAUUGAGCCAUUAACAGAAGAACAAUUUGUGGGGAUUUGUGGGUUGCAACAAUCAACGCAAGAAGCUGAGAGUGCACUUUCACAAGGGCUGGAAGCUCUGAAUCAGUCUCUUUCAGACACAUUUGUCUCUGAUGCAUUGGCUAAUUGCCCUCAAAACAUGGCUAACUACAUGGGCCAAAUGGCCCUUGCAAUCAACAAACUUUCCACUCUUGAAGUUUUUUUUAGACAGGCUGAGAAUUUGAGGCACCAAACAAUUCAUCGGCUGCAUCAAAUUUUGACAAGUCGUCAAGCGGCGAGGUGCUUUUUGGCAAUUGCUGAAUAUUUCCAUAGGCUUCGAGCUCUUAGCUCUCUUUGGGUGGCGCGACCUCGUCAAGAAUAACAAAAGAAGUUUUUACUAUAGCUACUAUUGGCUUGGUCUAAAUAUUUGAGCGCGGAUAAAUUUUUAUCGCUAGAGCCAGGCCAUUAUUGCUAUUUUUCCCCAAACUUUUAGUUUUUCACCUUUUCAUUCCUUUUUAGUUUUUAAAUUUUAUUUUAUAGUAUUUCUUUUGCCCUCUAACCUCUCCUCUAAUCCUCUCCAUAGAGAUGUAUAGCAGACAAAGAAAUAGAGACAAUUUUUCCGAAGUAUCUUUGAGAAUAUUUCUCCUUUGUUUCC